UAGGGAUGAUUUCCAACCUGAGCUCGACCACAAACAGUAUCAAUUCACCUCCGGCACUAUUUAAAAAAAAAAAAAAUCUGUAAAGUUGGAGAGACGACCAAACACAAUGUGUCCUCUGAAUGACAGUAACUUUGUGGAUACGGAGGACGCGGCGAGAGAUGAAAGUCUGGCCACGCUGGAGAUCUCGCUUCUCAGUGUCAUCUUCAUUAGCGCCGCCAUCCUCAACACCUCCCUGCUGAUCGUCCUCUGGAGAAAGCGCAAACAGAUAUCCAGGAUGCGCGUCUUCGUCUUCCACCUGUGCCUGGCGGAUCUGGUGGUCGCUUUCUUCCAGGUGUGCCCGCAGCUCGUGUGGGACAUCACAGACAGGUUUGUCGGACCAGACCUGGUGUGCCGCCUGGUGAAGUACCUUCAAGUUGUCGGGAUGUUUUCAUCCACUUACAUGAUCGUGGUGAUGACAGUUGACAGAUACCAAGCUGUCUGCAACCCGAUGGUGAAGUUCCAGCGGACAAGCACCAGACUUAACAUCCCUGUGUGCAUGGCGUGGGGGAUUUCUCUGCUUUGCAGCUUGCCACAGGUUUUCAUUUUCUCACAGGUCGAGGUUUCACCUGGUGUGUUUGACUGCUGGGCCACAUUCGUCCAGCCGUGGGGGCUGCAGACUUACAUAACCUGGACCACGCUGGUCAUUUUUAUUUUACCUGUUAUUACAGUUGUUGUUUGCCAAGUGCGCAUCUUCCGAGCCAUCCAGAUCAACUUGUACCAAAAGACUCAGCAGGGCAACGUGGGUCUCCCUCUGCCAUCCAGAGCCAGUGGUGUGGCCAGAAUGUCCAAGGCCAGGGUGAAGACGCUGAAGAUGACGGUGGUCAUCGUGCUGGUUUAUAUUGUCUGCUGGGCUCCCUUCUUCACCGUCCAGCUUUGGUCCGCCUGGGACACAAAUGCGCCGAAAGAAACUGCGACUUUCACCAUCCUGAUGUUGCUGGCCAGUCUGAACAGCUGCGCGAAUCCCUGCAUUUACCUUCUGUUCAGCGGUCAGUUUCCCAAGAGGCUGGUGACGCUGCUGUGCCAGCGGCGAAACGAAGGUAAGGAUUCAAUCAAUGAAGAGAAGACGCUGGUCAGUACGUUGUACAUUAGCUUCAAAAAUGUCUCUGAGUCCAAAUGAGGGCAAUACGUUAUAAUUUGGAAACGGAAAAGCCUUUCGGUACGCCUCGCGGAGCUGCCUGAGGGAGAUAAGUAUGUGGGUUUCUAUGUGGUUGGCCCAGUCUAUGUCAUGGAAGCAUUCGCCAAAAGCAAACCUGGAAUGGGUGGCCAUGAGUGAGAACUGCGCUCCACAUGUAGUUGGAUGUUGACAGAUGACAAAAGCAAUUGUUGUUUUGUUGGACUGUAGGGCCAGUGCCCUUUUGGGAAAACAAAGAAUCAGUGUGGACUCUGUAAAGAACAUAAUUUCAUCACAUUGUCAUGACUGUGACAGUAUUGAUGUGACAUAAAAAACAUUCCUCACAUUUAAUAGAAGCUGGAUUUGGACUUCAUGAACACUUUUGCUUUUUCAGGCAGAUUCAGUGAUUGAAUUUCAGAUAAU